AUGGUGACACCCGAUAUUGUGGCCGAAUAUGAAGCAGCGGUGGCGCGCCCAUGGUCUCAGACGUGCUGGACUCCGGCCGCUGGCUACGUGUACCUCAAUAGCGCAGAGGACCUCAGGAAUGCGCUGGAUAUUGUUAAGAAGACAGGAUCCAAGUUCACUAUCCGGGCCACUGGCCACAAUCCCAAUAUGGGACUGAGCAGUGCCGAUCAAAAAACCAUCGUGUUCGAUAUCCGUCAUAUUCAACAUAAAGAGCUGGGCUCGGAUGGGCUCGCUCGAGUCGGAUCGGGUAGCACCUGGGGUGAGGUAUAUGCCUGGUUGGAGGAACAUAAAUUGUCAGCUAUUGGAGGUCGAGACCAGCAAGUUGGACUAGGAGGCUUUCUCCUUGGAGGUGGUAUGGGGGCGUUACCAAACUUAUAUGGGCUCGGAACAGAUGGCAUCAAAAACUUUGAAAUUCUUUUGGCUGAUGGACGACUGGUAAACGCGAAUGCAAGAGAUAAUGCCGAUCUAUAUCGCGCCCUGAAGGGCGGCGGUUCCAACUUUGGUAUUGUGACACGAUUCGAUCUCGAAACACACCCUCUGAUCAACGUCCAAUACACGAUCAAGCUCUACAACCCGGAGGACUAUAUUGGAAUUAACAAGGCAACAAUAGCUGUUCAGGAGGCUAUGGAAACCGACCCUAAGAUUGGCUUAUUUACCAAUUUUAACAAUGGCUUUGUUGCCGUGGGCUUGCUUUACGCAGACACCCCCUCUGAGCCUCUUCCAGCUUUCGAGCCCUUUCAUAGUCUAACAAGCCUGAUCAAUACCGUGAUACCGAAAACUAAUGGCACUCUCUUGUCACUAGCCCAGGCCAUGGGUCAUGCGCAAGAAUCCAAGAAGCGAACCAUCUCCACCGUAACAACCAAGGUCUCUCAGGAACUGUAUGAAGGAGUUUAUAAACUCUGGACUGAUAUUUGCAAAACUCUUUCUUCCGACUGUGUGUUACAUUACACGAUCCAACCAAUUGGAAAGGCCGGCAUACAGGCAGGAAAGGACCGUGGGGAGAAUAUUAUGGGGCUGGAGAGCGUAUCUCAGUGCUGGUGGGUGUUUACCAUCGAGUGGCUUGGGGAAAACAACGACGCCGUUGCACAAAGAGCAGUUGAUCUCAUGGGCGAGGGGGUACGGUCUCUAGCCAAACGGAAAGGCCUUCUGCUUGAAUUUAUAAGCAUGACCUUUGCCACAGCCUCUCAGAAAGUCUUAGGUAGCUAUGGCGCCGAUAACAUCCGACUGAUGGAAGAUGUUGCGGCCAAGUAUGACCCAGAGGGCAUUUUCCAGAAUUUGCAGCACAACGGUUUCUUCUUGUGCAAUAACAUCUAG